AUGCGAGUUGGCGUCAAGGUAGUUAAGAAGAAGGAAGUUGAGGAGGAAGAGUUGAGUUCGGACGAAGAAGACGAAGUUGAGGCUUUGAUAGACCCAGCCAAAGCUAAGGCUAAGAACAAAGGCCCGAAGAAAGGUCGUGUGAACACCAAGAUGAAACUUCGCGACGAAAGCGAAGUCGUGAAGUUUGACGACGUCGCGGGUAUCGGCACGGCGAAGGUUGAACUUCAAGAAGUUGUCGAUUUCUUCUUGCAGCCGGAAAAAUUCAAAGAGAGCGGUAGCAAGGUUCCGAAGGGUGUCUUAUUGACGGGUCCGCCGGGCUGUGGUAAAACGCUUCUUGCGCGAGCCGUCGCAGGCGAAGCAGGUGCUACUUUCUUCUCCUUGGCGGCUUCUGAAUUCGUGGAGAUGUUUGUCGGUGUUGGUGCGGCUCGCGUGCGCGAUUUGUUCCAACAAGCCAAAAAGCAAUCGCCCUCGAUCAUUUUCAUCGAUGAGCUAGAUGCAGUCGGUCGACCUAGAGGCGGCGGUGGCUCGGGUAACGAUGAACGCGACCAGACGUUAAACCAGCUGCUCGUGGAGCUGGAUGGUUUUGGUAGUGACACGCAAAUUGUGUGCAUUGCAGCGACGAACAGAGUUGACGUUCUCGACAAGGCGCUCAUUCGCCCGGGACGUUUCGACCGCAAAAUCGUCAUCCCGAAGCCCGAUUACACCGGCCGUAAAGAAAUUUUACAAGUUCACUGCAAAGGUAAACCGGUCGAUUCGAAUAUUGAUUGGAAUGCGCUCUCUGGAGAAACGGAGGGCUUCAGCGGAGCAGCCCUCGCAUCGGUCGUGAAUCUCGCCGCUCUUCAGGCGGCGAAAAGUUCGCGGGAGUUGGUGACAAUGGACGAUUUUCAAACUGCGCUUGAGAUGGAGACGUUAGGCAAGGUUUUACCACAAGGUCUCGGUGAGGAAAACGAGAAGCGUUUGGCGCUCAUCCAUUCCGCGGCGGCGGUUGCGUAUCGUUGUUUGUGCAAUGACAUGGGUGACAUUUCUUUUGUCACGAUCGUGGCUCGAGAAAGCAACGCCGAAGGUCAAUUGGCUCUCGCUGAAAACCCCGUAGCACUGCGUCCUGGAGCGUUUACCAAGGGUUUCAUGAGACGUCACUUGCGCGCGUGUUUCGUCCCAUCCAUCGCUGAGGAGGUCUUCUACGGUUUCGACAACUGCACGAAGGUUACUGCGCCUUACACCGGUCGUGCGCGAGAAAUCGCGAACUUCUUCGUUCACAAUGCAGCGAUGAGUGAUGAAAAUAGCGAGUUUAUGUACUAUCCUACUGGCAACGUCAUUGAAGUGACUGACUUCUUGCGUGCUGAACGCGAAGAAUACCGACUUCCAUCGACAACGGAUGAUCGUUACGCCCGAGCAGAUGAAGAGGUGCGCCGUUUGAUGGAGAGACAAUACGCCGCGGCGAGGCGUUUCGUCGAAAAACAAAAAGACGCCAUCGAUGCUCUAGCGAAGGUAGUUAUGGAGAAGAAGACUGUGCAGGCGGAAGAGGUUAAGGCGAUCAUCGACAAGCACGCUAUCAUGCCUUACGACGACGAAGAAUUUCCGAGCGCGUUUGCGACGGACCGCAAGCUUCUUAAAGAUUGGAACGGUACGAAGCCGGCCGAUUACAUGGUCGGUGGCUUAGCUCCCACUAGUGAUUCUGAUUAA